GAACCGGCCACCUUGAUUUCUUCAUUACAUCGUUUGACCAGGUCCACCUCUCUGCAACGCCACUAGUGGCUGCCAAUCCUCACAACAUCAUUGCUCCCGAACGACCACUAGAAGCAUGACGGAACGAGAACGUGAGAACACGAUUAGGCUCGUUGCUGAUCAUGUCCCCUUUGAUUUACGCUGUGGAGAUGUCGGCUUAUAUUGUCGGCCGUUAUUACAUGUAUCGGUGCAUCACAGAUCGCAGGAGGUCUUCUAUGAUCCCGAUAAUCUCAUUUAUGACCCAGCAAUGGCCUAUCACUCGCUCUCGGAUAUGGGUUGGAUCGCAUCGGUCAUACAAGAAUCGCGAGACUCUGCAUUGGAUGGUCGCCUUCGACGCGAUAUGGAUGUCAUCAUAAAGGCUACUGUUGUCCGUCACUUCCAGCAAUGCAUAACCGAGAUCUCGGAGCGCUGAGGCGCACAAGGAACGUUCGAACAUAAUUACAUGGCAAGAAUAACGACGGGAAAGGUGCUGCCGUUGCCGAGGGCGAGGUCCUUACGUGCAUUGGGCUGUUCUCCGAGCUUCUUUUGAAGCGCUAAUAUAUCGCCUUGCCAGACGCCGAUGAAUCACUGCAGGCCCAGCAUGCUCACGGUCUAAUGGAAGAGAAUAGCCAGCUCCCUGAUGAGGUAGGUAACCAUCACAGCGAAGAAUUUGACUCGCUCAUUCUUUCCCGAUCUCAACCAGUCAUCGAAGCUCUGGGCCAUG